AUGUUAUCGCACACACAGCAACAGCAACAGCAGUAUGAUAACCCGUUUGCGCGUAAUGACGAUGCAUUUGAUUUCUACCAAGCAGAUGCCACGAUCGAACCAGAUGUCGAUUUAACAGGACAGUCUGCUACAAAGCAGCAAAAGCAGCCAUUGAUCAACCCAUUUGCCAACCUAAGUGGCUCUAUCGGAUCUGCUGCUCCUUCUUCAUCAGCAGCACAACAGCCUGAAUUCAACAGAGUCUAUAGCGGAGAAGACACCUUGGAUGAACCAGUGUCUGUUACUAUUCUUCGUGAUAUGAAGCAAGUAGGAAGAAAGCUGCAACAGGUGUUGCAUCCCAAAGGCGAUCGCAGCGUCUUGAAGGAUUGGGAUUUAUGGGGUCCUCUGAUUCUAUGCUUGGCAUUGGCCAUCACAUUGAGCACAAGCGUCCCCUCAGAUCAAUCAGUGCCUAUUUUCACUGGUGUAUUUGUCAUUGUUUGGUUGGGUGCAGCUGUAGUCACCAUGAAUGCUAAGCUACUGGGUGGAUCUGUUUCUUUCUUUCAGUCAGUGUGUGUUAUUGGAUAUUGCAUUUUCCCUUUGGUGGUGGUUGCAUUCAUUGGCAUCUUUGUAGAGACAGUUUGGUUUAGAGUGCCUGCCUCUUUAUUCGCAUUUGGCUGGUCUACGUAUGCUUCCAUUGGAUUUCUAUCAGAGUCAAAGGCACAUUUAGCCAAUCGACGAGCAUUAGCAGUAUACCCUCUCUUUCUCUUUUACCUCAUCAUUGCUUGGUUAGUGGCUGUAUCAUAA